CCCCUCAGUCAGUCCCCGGGCCCUCUCCCAGAGGCGGCUGGCUGAACGUUCCAUCCCAGAACUGGGGGUGUUGCAGCGGAGGCGGCGGCGGCGGCGGCGGCAGUUAGAGCCGCCGAACCCGAUGGCUGCGGUGGGGCCGAGGUCCGGCCCUAGUGCCGGCGCGGAGGCUCUGGCCCUGGCGGCCGAGCUGCACGGGGAAGCGACGUGCUCCAUCUGCCUGGAGCUCUUCCAGGACCCCGUGUCCAUCGAGUGCGGCCACAGCUUCUGUCGCUCCUGCAUCGCCCGCUGCUGGGAGCGCCCGGGGAUCCCGGUGUCGCCUGCCCCCCGCGCCCUGCCCUGCCCUCAGUGCCGGGAGCCCGCCCGGCCCAGCCAGCUCCGCCCCAAUCGCCAGCUGGCCGGGGUGGCCAGUCUGCUCCGCCGCUACAGCCUCUCCCCGUCCGGGGACGGGGACGGGGAGGGCGCGGGGAGCCUGGUGUCCGGCUGCGUCCAGCACGGGGAGCCUCUGAAGCUCUACUGCCAGGAUGACGGGCGGGCCAUCUGCGUGGUGUGCGACCGCGCCCGGGAGCACCGCGCCCACGCCGUGCUGCCGCUGGACGAGGCGGUGCAGGAGGCCAAGGAGAUGUUGGAGUCCCGGCUAGGUGCCCUGAAGAAGGAAUUGGAGGAGUUUGAAGAUUUUAAGUCCAUGGAGGAGAAGGAGAGCCGGGAGCUGCUGAAGCAAGUGACCGUGGAGCGGGAGAAGGUGGGGGCUGAGUUCCAAGCACUGAGGGCCUUCCUGAUGGAGCAGGAAAGCAGGCUGGUGGGGCGGCUGGAAGAGCUGGCCAGGGAGGUGACUCAAAGGCAAACUGAGAACCUGAACCAGCUUGGCAGUGAGAUCUCCCUGCUGUCCAAACUCACCACCGAGAUGGAAGAGACAUCCCACAAACCUGACCUGGACUUCCUGCAGGAGUUCAAGAACACAUUAGGCAGGUGUGACAAUGUGCCUGGCCCCAAACCAGCCUCAGUCUCUUCUGAAAUGAAGAGUAAAGUUUGGAAUAUUUCACUCAAGACCUUUGUUUUGAAGGGACUGCUAAAGAAGUUCAAAGAGGAUCUUCGGGGAGAACUGGAAAAAGAGGAGAAAGAUAGAUCCCUGUACCAGGCACAUUGGGGGGGAGAGACAGAAGAAAGGAAGAAACAUGGUCCCUGCCCUUGGAGAGCUCCUGUGGAAUUGACAUUGGAUCCUGACACAGCCAACCCUCGCCUCAUCCUCUCCCUGGAUCUCAAGAGUGUCCGCCUGGGUCCACGACCCCAAGAUCUGCCUCCUAAUCCCCGGCGCUUUGACACGAAUACUCGAGUGUUGGCCUCUCGUGGAUUUUCUUCUGGCCGUCACCACUGGGAGGUGGAGGUGGGCUCGGCUGAUGGCUGGGCCUUUGGAGUGGCCCGGGAAAGUGUCCGGCGUAAGGGCCUCACCCCCUUCACUCCCGAAGAGGGCGUCUGGGCCCUUCAGCUCAAUGGUGGUCAGUACUGGGCUGUGACAUCUCCUGAGCGCACCUCACUGAGCCCCGGGGGGCGGCUGGCCCGGGUCCGGGUCGCUCUGGAUUUAGAGGCUGGUGCAGUGUCUUUCUACGCCGCCGAGGACAUGCGGCACAUCUACACCUUCCGAGUGGCCUUUCGAGAGCGAGUCUUUCCCCUCUUCUCUGUCUGCUCUACUGGGACAUACUUGCGGAUCUGGCCAUGAGAUGGGGCCAGAGAUGAUGGGCUGCUAAGAGGAGGGGCUGAUUCAGGCCUCUGGGGUACUGGGAACUGCAGGAAGUUGAUCCUGCACAGGUCUUUCCCCCCAACCCUGGCUUUCCACCUGGCCAGACCUAACUUUGUUUUCUCUGAGAGAUGAGAUGCAAGCAACAAGUUAAUGUUGUAUGUAUAGGCCUCUCGCAAAUCCUGGCUUCUUGUUUGCCAUGUGCUGGCUUUAUCCCAUCUCCAGCCUCUUGCUGGGGCUUAUUACAAGGAAAGCAGCCAGAUUAUCUCACACAGAUUGUCACCCUUUCUCCUCCUCGUUCUGGGCUACCUUCUCACCAAAACUUAUCUGUGGAUUUAACCUUGAGGCCUGUGGAUUCUAGGGACUUUGGCCAACCCUCCCUCUGAUGUGUUUUUGGCAGGUGGCAACAGCUGUGGUCAAGUAGCCAGUUUAGGCUGUCCAUAUCUGCCUGGCUCCUUGUUCCUGGUCUCAUUUCAGCUCUAGAUCUUAAAACUGCUCUGUGUCUCCUUUCUGUGGCUGUUGAUACUGGCUUUUGCCUCAGCUUUCUUCUGCAUCUUCAUUUUCCCCAGGACUUUAGAAGGUGUUGGGGGGAGAGGUGGUAGGAAGUGGGAGGGGGACUAGCAAAAUUCCGCAGUUUCCUCAGCUCUCUGUGGGUUCGUGCUUACUUGAAUCUCAGCCCUGAGCUAUCCCAGCUGAGGAGGAAGGCAGCUCUGGGGUUGGGGCAGGACAUUUUAUUUUCUCUGCUUUGCACUCUUGUCAGGCUGUAGCCAAGAGGAUCAAAAGUGGACUCAAAGCUGAGUGGACUUGGCUGCUUGUCUCUGGACUCAUCAAUUCUCCUGGCUACAGCUGAUGUCUGCAAUCAGGAAAGAGUUCCGUUUCCGAGAUGUCAGUCUGCCCAGACUAGAAUUAGACCCUUGCCCAUGUGUGUGACCAGGCAGCCAUUCAAGGGAAUAAAUGCCAACACACUUUUGGGCAUUCACACUCACACUGCCCUAUAACCUCCCCUCCCCUCCUCCACCCCCAACCAUAUAACACUGACUAUAAGGAGAGGACCUUACCCCUAAAUACACAGGCAAAUCCACACUUAUAACUUCAUAACAAGUCACAUUAGUGGACAAACCUACAGGCAUCAAUGCACUCAUAACAACCAAUAUUCAGGUACUUCCUGCCACAAAUAUCUAGUCCCCCUGUUUUACCAAAUGAUGUAAAUACACUUCCAACACCUUUCCAAGAAGCACACCUAGAGAGUAUGUCACACACGCAUAUAUGUACUGUCUAGAUGUUGAAUCACUGGGUUCUAGGUUCCCCCUCAUGAUUUCCAUGGCCUCUUUACCAGGAUGGUGCCUCAGUUUCCCCAAUUGGUGAUACUUCCUGCUCUUGGCGACCGUGAUGCAGAGGGAGGGGAGCAGAAUGAGAAGGGAGGAAGAGUGGCUUUCCCUGACCAGCUUUUCUUUGGAGAGUCAGAAAAUACAGACUAUGAGUUCAAAUCGUUACUUGGUUUCUUGGUGGGUGAGGUGGGUGGGAAGGGGACUGUGUCAUUCAGGGGUGUCUGUGAGUCCACGUGUGGCUGUAUCUAUGGAUCAUUUCUCUAUUCUGAGUGGUGAUGUGAGUCUAUUUGUGUAUAUUACUUAGUGGAUCUGGAUACUAGUGUAUUUGGGUGUGUGAAGGAAGUGCACAUUUAUUGUAGUCUCCCAUUACAUGAAUGUGGGUGCACUUGUGCUGUGAGUACUAAUGUGAGCUUGUCCCUUUGGGGCUGUGUGUUAAUGGAGGAGGGUUUUUGAAUGUUCUGUUGGGGCGUCUGAGUCCUUGAUUGUGCGUAUAGAUAUGUUUGCAUGUGAGUACGAUACCAUUCAGUGAAUGUGUGUCUCUGUAGCAGGAGUGAAUACUUAUUUGACUAGUAGCUGCUCUGGGUAGGGAGAAAGGAAAAGUUUGGCAUAGACUGUAGGCUCUAGAGCAGGAAUUCUCAACUUAGGAUAUGUGAACUGUGUUAAAAAUUUUUUUUUUGUUAACUGUAUUUCAAUAUAAUGGUUUCCUUUGUCACCUUAUGUAUUUUAUCUUUUUGAUUCCCAACAUUAUUCUGAGAAGGGGUCUUUCCAUAGGUAUCCCCAGACUGUCAAGAGGGGCCCAUGACACAAAAAAGUUAAGAACCCUUGGCCCAGAGGAAGGCUAUAUUGCAAAACAGUUACUUCUUAUGUCAUCAUGCUUCUGUCUGAUUCUGUGAGUGGCUCACUCUGCUCUCCCAUUCUCAGAAGGACUUGAGGUUCCUUCCCUCACUCUCCAUGCUCAAAUGAUGGAUCCUAUUAAGUGGCAGAGGUGAGUUGGGUAGUCAUGGGAAUAGGAGGGUCUGUCACAUUUCCUGGGGCAGAGCAACACCACCUGUGAAGGCAGCAGUAGGGCAGAGCUCUGAGAAACCAGGCUUGAGGUAAGCCCAGCUACUCACACUGACUUGCAAACUCCCAGUCUUCAUCCUCUCCCAGAAUCCAGCAGUCCUGCCUUUGAGCUGAUAGUAGUCACCCUAACUUCUCCCAUCCAUUUUGUUCUUUCAUUUUUCUCUGCCCUCCUUUUUUAAAAGGCAUUUUCCCCCUCCCUUCUUUCUGGACAUAGACAUCUGUCCAAAAGCUCCUCUUUCUCUUUAGGGAUCCAUGUGUUUCAGUCUUUCAGUUUCUGGGAACUGAUUUGCAUACAGAGUGGUGAGGAGUCCACAGCGCCCAACACAGUAUCUUGCAGGUAGAUGCUCAUACAGACGUUUACUGAAAAGUGACUUUCCACAUGUAUAAUAACCAGAAUUUCUAUGUCACUUAAAGGUUAGCAAAGUGCUAUACAAAUAAAUAUUAUCUCAUUUGAUCUCAGCAACCCUGGGAGGUAAUGGCUAUUAGCUCUAUUUUAUAGAUGAGGAAAUUGAGGAAUGAGGUUAAAUGAGUUGUGUGAGGCAGGAUUUCAACUCCGGUGUCUUGUGUCCAGGUGCAGGCUACUUAACUGCAACAUUGGAUCGCUAAGAAUUGACUACUUUGAAUGUAGUAGAGAGAUCACUAGAGAGGACCCCAGUCUAGAUCCUAGCUCUUUCACUUGCUAUGAAUCAACAAUCACUGGUAGGCAUUGGGAAUGCAAAUAUAAAAUUAAAAAUCUCCAAUGAGCCUUUAUUCUAUUGAGGGAGGCAACAAGUACAUUACAUAAGUAAGAUGAUACCAAAUAAAUGGAAGGCAAUUUUGUGGGAACAGGCAUAAGCACCUAGGGAGAUCAGGCAACGCUUCACAUAGAGCUGAGCUGUUGAAAGAAAUGGCUGCUGUCAUGAGGGAGGGCAUUCUAGGCACAGGGAGACGGCCUAUGCAAAGGAUGGGAGACUCUGUGUGUGAAGGGGAAGAAUGUAAUAAGACUGGAAAGGUAGGUUGGAGUCAGAUUUUGGAGGGUUUUAAAUGCCAAAUAGGAGAUGGUGUUUCAUCCCAGACGUAUCGGGAUACUCUUGGAGUUUUACUGAGUCACCUGUGUGACCUGGGGAAGAUAAUUUCACUCUCUGGGCCUCAUUUAUCUGUAGAAUGAGGGGUUUGCCCUAGCCUAGAUGAUCUCCAACCUCCAUCUCCUUUACUGCUCUAAAUCUGUAUUGAUAUGAUUCUAAUUAGGGAGGUAAUCUGGAGGAGAUAAAGUGUUAGGAAACCUGAAUAAAAGUGGUGAAAUGUUUUGUCCUUCUUUGGUGAUAGGGUAUUUCAGGCCACAGAUAUAACCUAGCAAAGAGCCCAGAGCAUGUUUAAUAAAAGGAAUGUUGACUCAAUUUAUCUAAGAGGAGGAGAGGUCCUAAGAGAUUAAGAAAGUCAAGUAAUUUGUAGAGAGCCUCGUGAAAGUUUUAAGACCCGAUUUUGGUAAACACCCAAGGAGGGGGAUGGUAUUGUCAGAACAGUAAUAAGGGAAGAAAACUUGGUAAUAAUGGAGGUCAACUGGAAAGAGAGGAUGAAACAAGGAGGGGUAGUCUGGUUAAGGAAAUACCAGUAUAUUAGGUGAGAAAUGACUAGAUUAAGGUUGUGGCUGAAAGGUGAAAGGUAAGAUUUUAGAGUUAUUUAUGCCCUUAUCAUUUUUCUCAGGGUAUUACAAUCAUGAUUGCAAACCGAAUCCAACCUUAAUGCAGCUGCUAAAUUGAUAUUCUUAAAAAAAAUUAAAAACUGGGAGUGAAAUCUACCAAAAUAUCCUCGAUAUCUGCAUAGAUUCAAUUACAAAAUACUCCUUACGGGAAUAAAGAGCCGCUUAAAUACUGGAAGAAUACACAGUACACAUGGCUGAGCUAGGCCAGUAUAAAAAUUCAAACAGAACCAAAGUUAAUAUACAGAUUUAGUGUUAUGCCAAAGUACCAAUUGAGAUAUUUUUCAGGGCUAGAUUAUAUAACAAUCCAUUUGGAAGAACAAAAUAUCCACAUCAUCAAGAGAAA